UGCCUUUGUUAUUGCUAUAAGUUGAUCCAGUUCUUCUUUCCAUGCACCAGCUUCUGGCCUUAUGGGCCAAGUGUUUGGCAUGAUAGUUACCUGCUUGAAGAGGAGGCGCUCCUCUGCACUCUACCCUUCCCGAGCUACGGCUGCCAACCAUUGUGCUCUAUCAGCCCCGCUGUUGCGCAGAGCAGCAGUCUGCAAGCUCCCUGUCUUGUUCCUUGCGACACAGACGAGCUGGAUACAAGCUUUGAUGAUGAUCUGCUGAGGUGCUGGGAGGCUAUAGAGCAAUCUGAUGACAGCACAGAAGAGAGUGGGAAGGGGUUGCCACUACUGUGUUAUGGCGAGGUGAACGGAGCAGCUUCGAACGCCAUGAGAGCAGACCGCGUUAGAUCAGAGAGGGUGCUGACAUUCGAGCUCGUGUCGCAGUACUUCUACAUGCCGAUCACGCAGGCGGCUCGAGAGCUGAACGUCGGGCUCACCGUCCUGAAGAAGAGGUGCAGGGAGCUUGGGAUUCCCAGGUGGCCGCAUCGCAAGCUGAAGAGCUUGCAGACCCUCAUCAACGACGUCGAGGUCCUGCAGGAGGCAGGCAAGGCGAACGACGACGGGCAGCUGAGGGCGAUGGUGGAGAUGCUGGAGCAGGAGAGGCGGCUCCUGGAGCAGAGGCCGUACGUUGAGCUCGAGGAGAAGACGAAGAGGCUUCGGCAGGCCUGCUUCAAGGCCAGCUACAAAAAGAGACGGCUCUUGGCUCUUGAACCUGGGGAGGCUUCCAAGUACUAUUGAUGCAGAGCGUCUCGCAUAUAGUAGUAGUAUAGCCCAGCCCAAGUGUUUCUUCCAUGUUUUAUUAGAGUCUGGUGCUUUUCAGUUUCUACUAUGCAUCCCUGUGCUCUGGGAGAAGAACACAAAUUGUGAUGGCAGAAGAAUUAUGGCAAAAAUUACUAGUUCUGUCAAGCAUGUGAGGCACUAUAUAUACAUGGAAAACGAUUCAGAUCA